AAAAAAUUGAAACAUUGUCAGGCCUCAAGGUUGGGGUCAUCUGACCGUAAUACUAAGAUCCGGGGCAAACAAUUGACCUGGUGGCGUUGCGGCUGCAUGAGGUGAUGGGCUUUGGAUCGAUCAUCAAGUACUCAUCGAGUCGGUAGAAACAAUGGAAGCAUCGGGUGACAAAUUACAUCGCGCAACUACUGGAAUGAGGCUCUUGCUGUGCAUCGAUGAGGGGAUUUGCAGUUCAUUUGGGUGCAUAUGGAUCGAAGUGAUGAGCGCAAAAAUAAUAAGAAAGAAUCCCAAUGCCAAGGUAUCAUCAGUCUCCUAAAAUCGAACAAGAAGACUAGACUCCGAAAUGACUCAGACCAGCCCAGUGACUGGAAAAAGAGUAAGAGGCCUCGAGGGCGUCGAGAACGAUCGGAUUCAACACCAAGACAACUACACAAAACGACCACUCCUCUCCACAACGAGGAAAAACAAACUCCACAAAUGACAGGCCUUUUCUCCAGAAUCAACAAGAUCGAAAAUAAGAAUUGCAACACCAAAUAUGCAAUGGCUCGGUGCUGUGGAAAGCACGGAGCAUGGCGAAUGGGAUGAGUCUGGGUUGUGGAAAUGCCAGAUUACUCAAGAGGUCAAAACAAAUCAAAUAUGCUUCGGAAUAGCCAAAAGAAAGAUUCAAGAGACGGAAAUCCCCCGGCGCUGGUACAACAAAUGAUGGAUAUCCGAAGUCGUUAAG